CUUUAACAAAGUGGGUAAUCAUUUUUAUCGUUUAACAGACCUUAGAUAUAUUUGGAAAUAGAUAAAAAUUAUUAUUGCCAGUUUGAUUACAAUGGAAGUUUCUGCCGAUCCUUAUGAACAGAAGCUAUAUCAAAUGUUCCAGAGCUGUAACACAUCGCAGCAACAAAGCAGCGGAUUGCUUGAUGAAGCCGCGAUUACUCAACUUUGCAAAUUACUUCAGCUACGUGACCAGGGCUCGGCGUUAGUCUCUAGUCUCAUAGCAAAUGACAACAAUAAGUUGGGUAUUUCCUUCGAACAAUUUAAGGAUGGCCUGCUCAACUUUCUUGGUACAGAAUUCGAUAACACUACAUCACGGCCGACGCUGGUCACAUCUUCAAGAUUAAAUGAACGUUCCCUGGUGAUUGAUGAUUCUCGCACUACUUCAUACUCUGAGCUUCCAGCCAAAUUAGAAUCUUCAGAUCGCGAGCUCUUACCCAAAGGUAAGAUAGGCACUAAAAAGUAUGGGCGUCGAUCAAGGCCAAAUCAAGAUCUAGGGGUCUGUGAGUUGUAUGUUACGGAUUCCGAAGAUGAUGAGGACCAAAAUCGAAAUCUUUACGAUUGCAACGAUCACGUAGCCCAGGUGCAUCGAUCAUCGUCACAAAAUGACCUUCCGGGUAGUCAGCGUCUGCGGUCCAAUCACAUAAGUGGAACCAAGCUAAAACGUUGUGUUUCGUUACCCACACGUCGGACUCUGCAAUGCAAUAUGCAAAAAAAUUAUGCAGCAACAAGCAGAGUACAAAGUACUACCACAUCUCCAAAGAUCCAAUCCCAAUCCAUUCAAAAUACCCUGAGCAAUCUCAUACUGCCAAAUCAGGACCGUAGCAGUGUGGAAUCGCUAGAUUCGCCUAGUAACUACAUCGUUGGAUCUAGCCACAGAGGUAUCUCUAAAGACGUUUUGACACCUCAGCAAUUGGAGACAAUCAGCGCACAUAAAGUUAUUGAUACCUGGAAAUCGGCAAAUGUCAUAAAUAGUGAUAGCUUAUUGCACGCCUUAGGAUUUAAUGAGGAUGAGAUUAGUUUCAGUCAGCUGGCUACUGUGCUUGAAGAGGAAGUCCGCGGUCUGGAACAAGAUCCAAACUGUAAUGUCUUGCGUGCAUUAGUAGCGUUACAAUCUGAAGAGUUAAACUCACUUCGAGAAGCAUACGGUCAACAGUACAACGAGAAUUCGAAGCUGCGCGCAGACAACAAAUCUGCUAACCAGCGGGUAGCCAUGCUGGCCGUCGAAGUGGAUGAGCGCCAUGCAACGCUAGAGGAUAAUUAUAAUCAGCAACUGCAUCAAUUAGAGCAGCGACAUACAAAUGUAAUACGUGAGUUAACACAACGUAUGGGAAAUGAUCGUGAUCAUUGGACUAGUAUGACGGCCCGACUGGAGGCACAAAUAAAAUGUUUUGAGCAGCAAGAGAUUAAAUUUAAAACAGAACUAGAAUUGGUGCGUAACGAAAACGUUGAGCUGCAUUCGGAUCAUCAAAAAUGUCAACAGCAGAUAACAGAUCUAUUAGAACAAAACAUAGCACUAAACCAAAAACUGGCAUUUUGUGAGCCAUUAGGCCUUGAUGGUAGUUCUACAUUCAGCAAUGAUAAAUCGACUAAAACCAUAGAAGAUGAUGAUGAGUUACUACAGGUGAUGGAGAAAAUGGCAGUGCUACAAAUGGAAAAUUCACAAUUGCGAGAUAAAACAGACGAACUAACAAUUGAAAUUGAAAAUUUACAGAUCAAGUUGUCGCGUACAAAUUCAAGAAAAAUUAAGUUACCCGUAUGUACUGUUAGCAAUUUGGAGUCCAUAGAGCUUAGUGAUGAUCUUGGGGUCGCUUGCAGUGGAUUGGCCACUAAGCGUCGGGGUGACUCGCCCAGCAAGACAUAUAUAGCAGAAGAAAGUCCGCGACUUGGUAAGCAACGUAAAUGUUCAGAAGAAAGCGAGUCAAGUGAAAAUAGUAUCGAUUGGUUUGAGGCCAAUUCUGAUGGGAGGCUGCAGCGUUGUAAAAAGCAUGAAGAAGAAAUUUUAACCCUGCGCCGUAGCAUAGUACAGCUGGAACUUGAAUUAAAGACCACACCUUCAAGGGCAGCAGCAAUUGACGAAAGCUAUAAAAUCAGGCCUAUUACGCCAGAGUCACGCUGUAAAGAGCUCGAAAGCAGCUUGGAACAGAUGCAGCGUGCAUACGAAGAAUGCGAAGACUACUGGCAGUCUAAGCUAAGUGAAGAGCGUCAGCUAUUUGAAAAAGAGCGUCAGAUUUAUGAGGAUGAACAGCUGGAGAGCGAUAAAAAGUUUACAGAGCUUAUGGAAAAGGUGCGCGAAUAUGAGGAACAAUACAGCAAAGAUGGUCGCUUGUCCCCCAUUGACGAGCGUGAUAUGCUGGAGCAGCAGUAUGUCGAGCUCGAAGCCGAGGCAGAAAAUAUGCGCACUAAUUUUAUUCGCAUGCUAGAAGAGAAAUCACAGCAAAUUAGUGAUUUGCAAUGUGAAAUCGAUAAUCUGCGUACACGCCUGGGCGAGAGUGUUGAAAUACUUACUGGGGUAUCUGACAUACAAACAGAGCCUCUUCAAGAUGUUAACACACAGAUUGCAGGAAGUCCAGCCAGCUCUCCAAUUAGUUACCUAUGGCAUCAAAGUACAAUUCAAGAGCCCCUGAAAACUUUUUCUAGAAACACUAAUGAAAUCAGUGCGCUAACUCUUGAUCUUUUUGCUGCCCAAUCUCCAACUCACAAAGCCACCAGCCGAAGCAUUCUAACCACAUCAGAAACAUCAAUCUUCAGCACUGCACAAUUGGAAUGCUCUCUAGUGGUUUCGUCACCAAUACACAAUGUCGCUCCGGCACCAAUUUGUAAACCGAAGCAAAUACAUUCAGAUAGCGAAAUUGCAGACUGUGAAACGUCAUCUACAACAUCUAACAAGAGUCUUGACUCGCACAGCGUAGUGUCGACUGAUAAAACAUCCUCCUAUUGUAAUGAUAGGUGUGAAAACUCGAGUGUCUUAAAAGAGGAGUUAAAGCGCCUUAAAUUUUUUGAGCUUUCUCUUAAAGAACAUAUAACAGAUUUAAGCUUGCAACGCGAUGGCUUGGUAAUGGAACUUCAGCAAUUGCAAGAAGCGCGACCAGUCCUUGAGAAAGCUUAUGCGAGAACGGCGCAUCCUAAUCUUCAGCAGCGAAUGAAUCAGUUGGAAUUGCGAAACCGUCAUUUACAAAACGUGAUAAAACAACAGCAGAAAUACACAGAAUCCCUUAUGCAACAAUCAUGGCGUCAACAUCAAGUGGAUAUGAAUGACUUACAUUCUCGAAUCGAAUCACAGAGCGUUAUGCUCGCUGAUCAAACUCAGCGCCUUCAAAAUGCCGACAUUCUUGUAAAGGAUUUAUAUGUAGAAAAUUCCCAUUUAACCGCUACAGUACAGAGAUUCGAGCAGCAGCGAUCACAUAUUAAUCUGAUUCAACAACAACAGCAACAGCAUAUUGGGACACAAUCUCCCUUGAUCAGUCUUAAAUAAUGUAUUUAAGAAAAGAUAAAUAUUAGCGCAGCAAUAAACAUAUAGAUAAAUAUAGUAUAUAGGGAUUAUGCUGACUUAAUAUUGUUAUUAUUAGAAUAUCAGUAUACUGUUAACUUUUUGUGACCAAGUUUUUGCAAAAUACUCGUUAUAGAUAUAAUCAAAUUGUAAUUCGGGCCUAAAACGAUUAAAUUAUUGCAAGUGUCGAAACAAUGAACUUGAAUUGGAUUAAAGUACUCUUUUAAAUUACAUAUACAAA